GCGCGACGAUAACAUUUGACAGUAUAGGGAACGGACUGGCCUUGCGAGAGGUGGGGAGUUUGUAGUUAUGUUAAAAUGUGAGAUUACGGACUACAAGUGUUCAAACAGUGACAAGCCACCGUGAUACAACUUGUAGACACCCUGAGUGCCCACUUGUAAUGAGAUAUGGAAUGACAGCAACGCAAGACACAGGCGGGACGGGAUCAUGGGUUAUGUUCAGCCCUACGACAGUCGCCUAUUCACUUGGUGCCUUUGGAUAUGCUAAAAUAUUGUCUCCGAUGUAAGCCUCGAGUGAUUUUGGCAGGCAUAAUGCUGUGUGUUUUAUUGAUGUUAAGUGCGUACAAUCUGGCAGUGAUAGGAGCCGUGCCUGUAAGCGGCAAUGAUUACGUCAUAGCGGUCAGGAAUACGCUGCCCAAUGUCCAAGCACCAGAAAAAGUCAUUCGUCAUAAUAGAAUGCUUCAAGAUGCAAAUUAUAAAGAUUUUAGUGUGUCGCCAGACUCAGGACAUUUUGGCGGGGGUCCACUGGAUAAUACCAAUCACCCCCCGGGCGAAUUAAGUGACAGCAACAUUUACGUGGAUGAUGAUGGUGACGGGACGGUUGGGGGUGUUGUCCCCCCCGGAGUUAACCCCCUGAGUUCUGGCUUCAAGGAGGGCUACAGGACUAACCCCUCCCUGGUAUCAAACGCUACAAAGAAACUCCCUGAUGCGAUUAUUAUUGGAGUAAAGAAAGGCGGUACAAGGGCGUUGUUGGAGUUCCUCAGGAUUCACCCCCGAAUUCGGGCAACUGGGCCCGAACCCCACUUCUUUGACAGGAACUACCAUGAGGGCUUGUCAUGGUACAGAGAGCAGAUGCCGUUGACGACACCGGGCCAGCUCACCGUCGAGAAGACCCCAAGCUACUUCGUCACUCGCGAUGUCCCAAAGAAGGUCUUCAACAUGUCCAGGAACGUGAAGCUGAUCGUUGUGGUCAGGGACCCUGUGGUCAGAGCCAUCUCGGACUACACCCAGGCAGCCAGUAAAAGACCAGGAAUGAAACCCUUUGAACAAAUGGCCCUUCUGGACAACAGAACCGGCCUUGUGAACUCGUCUUGGGGUGCAGUGAGAAUUGGAGUAUACCCCAAACACCUUGACCGGUGGCUCAAACAUUUCCCACUCCGCCAGUUCCACUUUGUGAGCGGGGAGAGACUUAUAGUGGACCCGGCGGGCGAAAUGGCCAAAGUUCAGGAUUUUCUUGGUCUAGAACGGGUUAUAACGGACAAACACUUUUACCUGAAUCAGACUCGUGGAUUUCCAUGUCUGAAGAAACCAGGUGGGAGUGGCAAGCCUCAUUGCUUGGGGAAAACGAAAGGUCGCCAGCACCCUUCUGUUGACCCCCACGUGUUACAAAGACUACGGGACUUCUAUAAACCUUUCAACUUGAAGUUUUACCAAAUGGUUGGUCAGAACUUUAGGUGGCCUACAUGAUAUCGGUGCUCAAAGUCACGUUUUGAUAAAAAUGAGAUUGAAAUAAUUUAUUAUAUGUGUGUUACAAGAUUCUUGCCUUUCUUCUUGGUCCCACUGUACUACCUCAUGGCGCUGAUUGACCGCUGACCCGACCCUGGGAUGGAAGAAGAACCAACACCGGCGAUGGUAUGUCAUCGUUGCACAGAAACAGACGUUCAAGAAGCAGAUGCCUUUUGACCAGAUCUCUUUAAGAACAAGUAUAGUGUCGAUGGUAUUCCUAACCAUGUAAGCAUGGCUCAAGGAGGUUCCGGAAGGGCCGGCCUUCGGGCUGGACAUCCGGGCAUCUGGGCAUCUGGACCUUAACAUUAAUUUCGUUGGUAAAGUUUAUUUCAACCCUUAGUAUUGUCACAAAUGGUCACUGGUGUCCGUCAAAUUAAGACCUCGUUAGUCCGGAAAACUUGUUACUCCGGACAAUUCCUGGCAAUUACUGUUGGUACGUUUACAUAGCUACAAAGGAACAUUACACUAUUCAAAUGAUUCAAUUAUCCGGACAUUUGUUAAUCUGGACGAUUGUAUGGGGAACGGUUCUGGCUUGAUUAACGUGGCUUCAUAGCACGUGGUAAUUUCAAGCGCUGUUAUAAACCUACUUAAGGCAAUUUUGGAAACUAAGGAAACUAUGUUUUGCAAGUUCAGCAAAACUGUAAAAGACAGAGAUAUUGCAGUAUGUUGUAUAUGUUCUCUGUGUAGAGUUUCGUAUAUUCAUUGUGAUGUCCUCUUGCUGUCGUUGGUCACACAAUGUCUGCAAGCACAUUUCUGCCAUGUUUUUCUUGCCAGAUAUCAGACGAGAAGUCUUAUUUUUAUAAACCUCGUCAUGUAUUAUUUUCAAGCCUAAAAGAUUUUUCAAUUGCCAGUAACAGAAAGUACUUAUUUUUGUACACGAGUCUGUACGCCCAUGCUGCAGCUCUACCCACCUUCCAAGAUUGUGUAUUUGUUUGUGGGGACACGUUCAUGUGAUAGGAUUUGAAUGAGUUGCACACAAACCCUCCUUGUCAUGCUUCCUCCAGAACGGAAUGGGAUGAUGUCACCAGCUGCCAUUGCGCAGGCGUUAAUGUUACUAUCAGCCUGUUGCAUGUCCCGGAUGGAGUUAAGUUUAACCUUUACUUGGGCAAUAGCCAUGUGGGUAUAGGAUCCAUACGCUGGGAUGAAAGGACUCUCAGGAUGUGGAACGCUUAGCCAUCGGACUAAGAACUCAGAUCUGAGGUGUGAAUGCGGUUGGGGACAGACAUGAGACUACCCCCAUCCUCCCUGGUCUUAGUUACGUGGGUAGUAAGGCGUCGUUUCUCUGACCUCGUCUUUUUAUUGUUAAAUACGGGCCUAAUCAAAAUUUCAACCUUAUUCAGGGCGUGGGCAACUGCAAUAAAUGUGAACGGCUGCCACCAGUCCGGACAUAUGUAAAGGCAAGAUGAUAUUGACAACUGCACAUAGAUAUAUACACUGACACGCGUGUGAUAUUGCCUUGUAUGAAUGAGAGUGUGUGUAGAUAUCGACAUUGUAUUCUAUAUAUUGACAUUACUAUGUAAUGUUACAUAACUAUUAUCAUAAGAAAUCAGUAUACACGUUUAUACAUUGGGCAUUUCCUUUUUCUUUCCAAAAUAUGAAAUGAAUCCAUAUUUGAAUUGCUUUAAAUCUCAAUGAUAUUAAAACAAAGUAUUAUUGAAAAUCAAAAUAUUGUUCAAUGAAAGUACCGUUUAAAAUAUUGCUGUUUGUCGUUGCGAAACAAUAAUGGAUUUUAGUCGUGAGAUUGUUCGGAGCUAUUGUUAUGUUCAAUGCAACGAGGAUUGUUGUUGGUUAUGUGAACGCUUUGAGCAAUUCGCAUAUUUGUUGUAUAUUUCUUACAAUGCAUUAAGUGCUACUGUGUCUUCAGACACUGUAUAUCCUAAAUUAUUCCUGUUUAAAACAGUAUCGGGGUCAGUUUCAGGUAUGUGUAUAUUCUUGACUACUCCGAACUCAAUUCCACAAUGCAUCUGGAAGAAAUUUGCGUUUGUAAUGUGAUACGUUAUAAGAAUUCUGUUAUUAUAUUUUGUAAUUACGUCGAUUUCAUUUCUACUUUUAUGUUGGCUACAACGACUGAUUACCUUCUGAUAUAUAGCAUAAUACCACUAAUUAUCAAUUAUACUAUCUUGAGACUGCUUCGACAGCAUAUAUCAAUCUGUCCCCAGGUAUUCUAUGGGCACUGAUUGUCAACCAGAUCAUCAUCGGUUGCACAAAUAUGCCCCGUGUUCCUAAUUAUGUUCAAGUACUUAUGGCAUCCAUUUCCUCGUAUGUCCAUUAAAACAGGGUCAAUAUUCUAUUCAUGCGCUAUUCACGUCUAUUCACAUCAGUAACUAAUGCGAUUCAUUAUCUCCAGGCAUUGUUGUCAGUGAGGUUACGUUGUUUUGCCAAAUAUGAAUUCACCGAUCUGAUACGCAUGUAGCAUAUGAAAUCCAUGUAAAAUUGUGAAUAUUAGAUUUUUUAACCGCAGGAAAGUCCACUUAUAGUACUGUUAUCAUCCUGUACAUAUCACAAUCUCUCGCGAGAUCACUGUAGAACCGGAAGUCGAUGGCAGAUUCGCUUGGAGAAGGGGCAAGAAGUUUGAUGAGAUUAGUGUGUGAUAAUAAUUCAAACUGUUGUCUAAAAUAAUUUAUAAUUUUAGAACCAGGAUGACAAAAGUUUUAUUGAAACAGUCAACUCCGGCUAUUACGAAAUCGGGUAUAUCGAACAUCGGUUAUAGCGAACCUUACUAACCUUUGAGCUGAGCUGGGUUAACUGACCUUAAUGGUCAAGUUAAUUUCGAAUAUAUGAAGUAACGAACCAUUGUUAAAGAUCCGGUUGUGGUUAUCCCGAAGUUCGAUAUACCCGGAGUUGCCAGUGCCCCGAUCCGAGUGACGUCUCACCUCGACUUCUGUAUGUAUGAAUGAUGUAUGAUCCUUUAUGGAUCCUUGGACCAUUUGCAUGGAGAUGUUGUUGUUGAAACAGUGCAAAUAAACAUAUUUUAAGAUAAA